AUGCGACUUCUAAAUACACUCACACUUGAACUGGUAGAAUUCUUCGAGAGUGACAUUCCUGAAUAUGCCAUUCUGUCUCACACCUGGGAGUCAGAAGAAAUAGCAUUUAAAGAAAUGAAAGGGCGCUCCCCCACCUGUCAACAGAAGAAAGGCUACCAAAAGAUCCAAUCCGCCUGUGCAUAUGCUAACAAAAACGGAUACCAAUACAUAUGGAUCGACACGUGCUGUAUUGACAAAAGAAGCAGUUCAGAAUUGAGUGAGGCUAUCAACUCAAUGUACCGAUGGUAUGAGGAUGCGAAGAUCUGCUAUGCUUAUCUUACGGAUGUCCCAUCAGACGAUAGAAUUCAGGACGCGGACUCGCACUUCAGGAACAGUCGCUGGUUUACCCGAGGGUGGACACUCCAGGAGUUGAUCGCACCACAGACAGUUCACUUUAUUUCCCAAGAUUGGAAGUUCAUUGAUACCCGCGUAUGUCUCAGGAUGUUGAUUUCAGAGAUCACUAGUAUCCCGGUAAUCUGUUUGAGGGACCCUGCACUUUGUGCAUAUACUAGUAUAGCGACAAGAAUGUCCUGGGCGUCCGGACGAAACUGCAGCAGAGGGGAAGACUCUGCAUACUGCCUCCUUGGCCUGUUCAAUGUUAAUAUGCCACUGCUGUACGGCGAGGGCGACGUGAAGGCCUUUGUCCGACUGCAGGAGGAGGUCAUUAAGACUUCAGAUGAUCGAUCUAUCUUCAUCUGGAGCGGCCACUCUGUUUCUUCGAAUGAAAUUGAAAAACACCCUGUAUCGAUGGUGUCUUUCACGGGUAUUUUUGCAGCAACCGCGAAAUGGUUUGAACCAGACCACAGAAGCCAAUUUUCGAAUCCGGACGCCAUCCCACAACAUGAGAUCAUCCAGCCCUACCACAAUACCAAUCAAGGGCUAUUUAUACAGGUGGAAUUAUGCCAUAUAGUGGACGACCUCUUCGUGGCUGGGAUCGCCGGUGCAUCUCCAAAACAAUCUGCUUAUCCUGCCGGAAUCCUCCUGUUGCGGGCGGAUCACUCCAAGAAUCAAUACGUUCGCAUUCGCCCAGACCAGUUGAUUGACUUUGGCGACGACCUGCAGGGUCGUGCCAAGAUAAAGUCAAUAUACAUCAGCGCCUUUCAUAACCAAAUGCACGAUGUCAUUUCGACAUGCAAUGAUGGCUUAAACAAGAAUGUGGAAUUGUUCCUGAGCCGCAGACCCCCUUCAAGCCGACCCCAAAGGCAACCACGCGGUGCAACGAUGCAGAAUUACAAGGCUCCAAUCCCGCAGCUCAGGAACGUCCUACCCUUUUAG